AUGGAGUACUUCCCCCGGAAGAGGAAUCUGGGGAUCUGGGGUUGGAAGUUACCUGUGACUUGCAGGCCUAGAAGGAGCUCAGGGAGGCUCGCCGGCCUGCGGUGGAGGCGCCGCCGGAGCCGGGCAGUGGAGGAACCCCAGUGGGCGGCGGAGGCGGCAGGGGCGUCUGGCCCUGACGGGAGCCGAGGGGAGGUGGUGGCGGCGGGGGCUCCGCGUUGGGCGUCGGCGGUUCUCGGCGCGACGGGGUGUAUCGCACGUGAAGAUGAAAGCAGGAAGAAGAAAGAGAGAAAGGAGAUCCAGGAGGAUCUGUGGUGGUCUGCUUUUCCUAUUGGGACUGAGUGGGAAAGCAUUGAUAAGAUAAAGGAAUUCAAUUGGAACUUCGAAAAUUUAGAGAAAAGGAAGGGGGGGGGGGACUAUAUAUGGGAAGACGGUUUACUUGUUUGGAAGCACCGAGUUCAAAUUGGCUCCUCUUGGCGUGCAGCACAACUAUUGGAUGUUAAUGGUGAAUUGAAGAUGGUACUUGUUCCUGUUGUAGUUGCUGUUGACUGUCCUUUUCCUCCAUCAGAUAAGAUUGGCAUAAAUUUGGUUCAAACGGGAAAAGAAGAAAUAGUACCAAUGAAAGAGAUGAAGAUGGCAUGGGUGCCUUAUGUUCCUCUUGAGGACCGGUUUGGCAGGAUUGAAAGUUUGAAAACAAAAAUCUUCACUCUCUGUUGCACCCAGCGGAGGUCUGCGCUGAAGCAUAUGAAAACUGAGAGAGCCAACAAGUUCUACUACUGCAUGCCCUAUUACAUUCCACUAAAUCCUCCUGAAGAUGAAGAUGGCACAGUUGUCAGCGCCAUAUAUUCUCUAGAACCCCCGAUAAUUUGUGAUGUUGACUUGGAAUUGGAUGGUUACAAGGUUUUAGCUCAUAAGAUAGUCAAAGAUGAGGGGUUGCCAGAGGAUGAAAGGGAAAAAAUUGAGGAAUUUCUAAAGGAGAAGGUUAAACAAAGGAAAAUAGAACUGGAACAGGCUGAAGAAGCCAGGAAGAAAGCUAUUGAAGAUAUGGACCCUAAGCAAAGGGAGGCAUUUGAAAACAUCAAAUUUUACAAAUUCUAUCCUGUGAAAACCCCGGAUACACCUGAUGUUAACAUUGUGAAUUCGAGGUACAUCAACAGAUAUUAUCUCAACGCACAUUAUCUGAUGUAA